GUUAUAAAAUUAUGUUUUUGAAAUUGCCAUAUUUAACUGAGCCGUUAAAUUUAUUUAUAGCGAUGAUUAAUGAGAACUGAGUGUAGUUUUACAGACGAACCUGUAUCUGCAGCUGCAGCUGGUCGGCCUUCGUAUUGUUGGGAAAGAACCCAUCAUGUCUUUGGACUAAACUUGCUCCAGAUUAUUACUAUUCAUACAGUUGUUUGCAAUCAAAUAUAUGUUACGCCUUAAUAUAAUUUGGUUGAUAACUAAACCCUCAAGAGACAGUACAUUUCGUGUGACCCUGCUCUAUUAAUUGUGAAUGUCUUAUUUAUCACAAUGGUAGUAUAGUGACAUGAUGAUAAAAAAAAACGUGUCAUCCUAUUUCAAAAUAAUUUAUAGUGUGUAAAUUAGUAUGUGCAGAAUAGAAGCCUAGGUCUAUGCAUUCAUUAAUUUGCUCCUUUAAUUUAAAAAGCGUUUUCUUUUCUAUCUUUUUUUAUCCCUUCUUUCUAUAAAAUAUUAAUAUACAUGAAUAAAUAUCAGUAUCAGUGCUGCUGAUGGAGUCGAAAUGCUCCCAAGCAACCAAACCUCCUGAAACAUCGCGAGACCGCACGGGGACUAAGUUGAAGAAACAUGGCGACGUCUCAUUUAUUGAAGAAUAAAGGCUCCCUGCAGUUUGAAGACAAGUGGGAUUUGAUGCGGCCCAUUGUUUUGAAGUUACUCCGUCAGGAGGCAGUUACUAAGCAGCAGUGGUUCGAUUUGUUCUCAGACGUCCAUGCAGUGUGUUUAUGGGACGACAAAGGCCCAUCAAAGAUUCACCAGGCUCUGAAAGAAGACAUACUAGAUUUCAUCAAGCAAGCACAGGCACGUGUACUUAGUCAUCAGGAUGACACGGCUUUGCUUAAAGCUUACAUCGUGGAGUGGAGGAAGUUCUUCACACAGUGUGAUAUUUUACCUAAGCCCUUCUGCAAGUUGGAAAUCACCCUGCUGGGCAACCAGGGGAGCAAUAAGAAGUCCAAUGUUGAAGACAGUAUUGUUAGAAAGCUUAUGCUGGACACAUGGAACGAGUCUAUUUUCUGUAAUAUAAAGAACCGGCUCCAGGACAGUGCCAUGAAACUGGUCCAUGCUGAGAGAUUAGGAGAAGCGUUCGACUCGCAGCUUGUCAUCGGAGUGAGGGAGUCAUAUGUGAAUUUGUGUUCCAAUGCUGAUGACAAGCUCCAGAUUUAUAGAGAACAUUUUGAGAAGGCAUAUCUAGAAUCCACUGAGAGGUUCUACAAGACACAAGCACCUUCCUAUCUACAACAGAACGGGGUUCAGAACUAUAUGAAAUAUGCAGAUGGCAAGUUAAGAGAAGAAGAGAAGCGUGCGCUUCGAUAUCUGGAAACCAGACGUGAAUGUAACUCCGUCCAGACACUGAUGGAAUGUUGUGUGAAUGCACUGGUGACGUCGUUCAAAGAAACAAUCCUGGCAGAAUGUCCGGGAAUGAUCAAGCGGAACGAGACAGAGAAGCUGCACCUCAUGUUCUCGCUGAUGGACAAAGUGCCCAGUGGGAUUGAGCCAAUGCUGAAGGACCUGGAGGAUCACAUCAUGAGCGCAGGUCUGGCUGAUAUGGUUGCCUCAGCAGAAACCAUUACCACAGACUCUGAAAAAUAUGUUGAGCAGCUCCUAACAUUGUUUAACCGCUUUAGUAAAUUAGUUAAGGAAGCAUUCCAAGAUGAUCCACGUUUCCUAACAGCCAGGGAUAAGGCAUACAAAGCAGUAGUGAAUGACGCCACAAUAUUUAAACUAGAGCUCCCUCUAAAACAGAAAGGUGUGGGUUUGAAAACUCAACCAGAGUCCAAAUGUCCAGAGCUGCUGGCCAACUACUGUGAUAUGCUCCUUAGAAAGACUCCACUGAGCAAAAAACUCACCUCGGAGGAGAUCGAGGCCAAGCUGAAGGAAGUGCUCUUGGUUCUAAAGUAUGUUCAGAACAAAGAUGUCUUCAUGAGGUACCACAAAGCGCACUUGACCCGCAGGCUUAUUCUUGACAUUUCUGCAGACAGUGAGAUUGAAGAGAACAUGGUGGAGUGGCUCAGGGAGGUUGGUAUGCCAGCAGAUUAUGUAAACAAGCUCGCCAGAAUGUUCCAGGACAUCAAAGUAUCAGAAGACUUAAAUCAAUCCUUCAAAGAAAUGCACAAACACAACAAACUUGCAUUACCAGCUGACUCGGUCAAUAUAAAGAUCUUGAAUGCAGGCGCAUGGUCUCGGAGUUCAGAGAAAGUGUUUGUAUCUCUGCCCACCGAGCUAGAAGAUCUCAUUCCUGAAGUCGAGGAGUUUUACAAGAAAAAUCACAGUGGCAGAAAAUUACACUGGCACCAUUUGAUGUCCAAUGGCAUUAUCACAUUCAAGAAUGAAGUUGGGCAGUAUGAUUUAGAAGUCACUACAUUCCAGUUAGCUGUGCUGUUUGCCUGGAACCAAAGGCCCAAAGAGAAGAUCAGCUUUGAGAAUCUGAAACUAGCCACGGAACUUCCAGACGCUGAGCUGCGCCGGACUCUCUGGUCUCUUGUAGCUUUCCCCAAACUAAAGCGUCAGGUGCUGUCAUAUGAACCAGUGGUGGGCUCUCCUAAAGACUUUGCAGAAGGCACUGUAUUUUACAUCAAUCAAGAGUUUUCUUUAAUAAAAAAAAAGGUCCAAAAAAGAGGGAAGAUCAAUUUGAUUGGUCGAUUACAACUCACCACAGAAAGAAUGCGUGAAGAAGAAAAUGAGGGCAUAGUGCAACUUAGGAUAUUACGCACACAGGAAGCUAUCAUUCAGAUCAUGAAGAUGAGGAAGAGGAUCAGCAAUGCUCAGCUUCAGACGGAGCUGGUGGAGAUCCUAAAAAACAUGUUUCUGCCCCAGAAAAAGAUGAUCAAAGAGCAGAUCGAGUGGCUGAUAGAACAAAAAUACAUAAAAAGGGAUGAGACGGACAUUAACACAUUUAUCUACAUGGCGUAGCCGACCACGGCCAGUGUACUCUGGGACGUUUUUUUUUAGACACUAGCUCUCCUUUGGAGGAUUCCAUAUUUGAUUUCAGCUCAUGGCCCAGCUUGGCCUGCUGGGUGAUUGACUAGAUUUAUCUCAAAACACAUCACGCUGAGAAAUCGCCGACAAAUCCCUGCCUUACUUCACAAAUCUAUGAAAUUAAUACAAGUUAACUUUGGAAGAAAUACA